CUAGAAGCUGUUGGUCGGGCCCGCGGAAAUGGGCGAGCAUAAUCUCCUUAAUCCAGGGUUUGUUGGACCUUUGGUUAACAUCCACACUGGAGACACGUUUUACUUUCCGAAUUUUAGAGCCUCAGGGGGACAACUGGCGGGGCUACCGUCUCUCUCCUACCCGAGAAGGGACAAUGUUUGCUCCCUCCCGUGGAAUCCUUCGGAGCCGUGCAAUGGAUACUCUCAAUCCUACUUUAGCAGCCCCGUGUCUAUUAACCCUUCUUUCAAUCGGUCGUGUGAAAUCACCAGACCAGAUGACGGUAAAUGUUAUUAUAACAAUGGCAACGGGAACAGAGAGACCUGCUCAGGUGGCAGCAGCCUCAAACGAGAGGACAGGGCGAGAGACACAUCAUCCCUAACAUCUGACCACGGGAUGCACAGUGGGAUUGGCAACACUGCCGCCUUUUCCAAAUAUGAUUAUGGGAGCGAGCAGCUAACGCAAGAUCCGCCAUCCUGUCAGUCAAUGGAGUCCGACUCCAGCUCCUCUCUGCUCAACGAGGGCAGCAAGCCUUCAUCCAGCGACACACAGACCCUGGUGUCACCGGGAAGCCAUGCAGGCAACAUAGCCGCAGGCGGAGGUGCCCCAUGGUACCCGAUGCACACUCGGACUAGAAAGAAGCGCAAACCCUACUCCAAACUCCAGCUGGCUGAGCUAGAAGGUGAAUUCAUGCUGAACGAGUUCAUCACCAGGCAGCGGCGGAGGGAGCUCUCCGACCGUCUGAACCUCAGCGACCAACAAGUCAAGAUCUGGUUCCAGAACCGCAGGAUGAAGAAGAAGAGACUCAUGCUGAGGGAGCAAGCCUUGGCCUACUUUUAGAGAUGCGGCAGAAGGUGAAUCGAUAGGCAGUAAAAGCCAAAAAACCUUCUUUGCUCCCUUAGGUCUUCUUUCAGUGCAUGCGCUCAUUUAUCCAUCUUUUAAAUUGCAGGCAAAUGUUGCAACAUUUUCUGAUAUUUUUUGUUAAAGGUGCGGGCUACAUAAGCAAACAAACUGUUAUAAUGCACCCAGAACUAUUCUCAGCGAGACUGCCAUCAUGUUUGGUAUAAUCGCACAGAAGCUGUGAGAAUGUCUUUCAGUGCAGGAUGCAUCUUCUUCUUUUUUUCUUAAUUUUUUAAAAAAAAAUAUCCUUUUCUGUUAACAGAUUACCCAAUCCCCUACUUAGUUUAAUACAUUUAAUAUGCUCAGUUUGGGAAAACACAAAAUGACGGGAUGUCUU